UACAUUUGAGUUUUGAGGUUAAGAAUUUAUAUUUUGAAUUUGAAAUUUCAAAAUGGUAUUCAAAUGCCAAGAAGAUUCUUUUCUGAAGGAGUUUACCUCGAAAGUUGUCGUGUGUGCAAAGGUGAAAUCAACAGACAAUAAAUCAGAAACUCCCGACUGUUACGAGGUUAUCUUAGAAGAUACAAUAUUAUUUCCUGAAGGAGGAGGUCAGCCUUGUGACUAUGGAUUCCUCAAUAAUAUACCUGUUAGACAAGUCAUCAGAAGAGAAGACAAAGCAAUUCACUUCAUAGAUAAACCUUUAGAUAUUGGAGCAACAGUAAAGCAAACCAUAAAUUGGGACAGAAGAUUUGAUCAUAUGCAACAACAUUCAGGACAGCAUUUACUCUCUGCAGUUCUUGAGAAAGAUUUAAAAAUUACAACUGUUUCUUGGUGGUUGGGUGAAGAAGUUUCUUAUGUUGAAUUAGAUAUUCAACAAUUAUCAGGUAAUGAUAUUAAAAGAACAGAAGACGUAUGUAAUGAAUAUAUAAGGGAAGGAAGAAAUGUUGCUGUUUCUAUUUAUUCAAAGGAUACCCCUGAGGAAGAACUAGCAAAGGUGCGCAGUGCUAGAGAUCUUCCAGCGGAUCAUAAAGGAGAUAUAAGAGUAAUUAAUAUAGAUGGAAUUGACAGUAACAUGUGCUGUGGAACUCACGUUACAAACCUCAGCCAGCUUCAAGUGGUUAAAUUAUUACAUACUGAAAAAAGUAAACGAAAGGAUAAAAUAUUGUUACACUUUUUAGUAGGAAAAAGGGUUAUAAAUCGCUUAGAGACUUGUAUAGAUCGAGAACGGAAACUAACUGCUCUAUUGAAGUAAGUAUUUCUAUUUCAUUCAGAGAAUCGAAAUUUGUAUUUAAUAUAACUUUCAUUUUCAUAGCAAGCGCCAAACGUAAUGGCAAGCGAUCGCGCAGGUAUAGACCCUCCCAAGUAAAUUACUAUUGGAUUACAAUAAGCCUCUUGCCAGCCAAUGUCGUACCUGUAGUUAGUUUUAAUUAGGGUAGCAAAUGGAACAUGACUUCUUUGUGAUUUCUUUUC